AUGGAUUUUGUCUAUAGCAUCAAAAUGCACAUCACUCUUCCCAUUUCGAUCUUGUUUCUGGUGCUGGUGGAUGUCAAUAUUACAGGUAAGUCUAUUUCUAUAUCUUUUAUAAACAGACAAAGCUGUGUAAUGGCUGGUGGCAGGGUACAUUGUUUCUAAGCAGCUUAUGAUGAUCAUUCUUUGGAAGCAUUCAUUCAAGGAAACACAUUUAAUCUCUACAAAACAGAGCAAUUCCCAUUACAGUAGAUUUAACUCUAUUUUGGGUAAAGAUACUGGUUGAAGUCUAGGAAUGGAAGAGCCUCCAAGUGAUGCUCUCAAUAAAUUUAGCUGUGUUUUAAGGAGUUUUUUGUUGUUGUUUUUUUUAUACAGUAAAGCAGCGGUUCUCAAACUUUUUCUGGACACCAUCUGAGCUUUAAUCAGGUGACAAUUAAAAUGUAAAUCAACAUUUUGAUUGAUUUAAAGGCCUAAAAUUCCAGUUAAUAGAUACCCCCUGCUGUCACUAUCUUGUUUUUUGCUGGCAUGUGUUCUCUAAAAAUAAAUCUUUGUUUUCUGCAAAAUGUACGAGUGAAAAAUCUUUAGAGACCAUUAGCCCCAUUAUAACUGACACCAUAAAUCAUAUACAGUUUUCUAUAGCCAACGGGCUAAAAUUAAUUCUUACUGAGAUUAGUGAUGAAUGUUGCAAUGGUUAGAUGUAUUUAGAACACUUAGCUGGGGGAAAGAUUUGCCAGAAGCCCUGGCUUUCUGAACUGACCCUUUACACAUCAAAAGAGUAAACUUAAUGAUGAUGCUUGUGUAUUAAUAGCCUUAGGCACUCCAGAUGUUUUGAACUACACCUCCCAUGAUACUUUGUCAGCAUUAUGGCUGUAAGAGCAUUAUUGGAGAUAUAGUGCCGAAGGUUGCCUACCCCUGUUUUUGACACAUUAAAAUACCUGAAUUCAGAAAUAUCUCCAAAUUAUUUUACUGUGGUCAAGCAGCGACUGUAUGGUACAGCAUUAAGUGAUGCAAUCAUUAACAGGGUAUAUAAGCAAACAUAGGAACAUGACGGUUCUGCGUACCUCAACCUUUAGAUAAACCUUUAAACUGCUGCUAGGGACAUUGUAGUUGGAUCUCACCCAGUGUUUUUGGGUUCGGCACAUAAUUACCCCUUUGCCUUAGGUAGAAGAAAGUCUUGUGUAGUCUGGCUUAUUGCCCUCAGGGCUCUGCCAACCAAAAUCUGGUAUACUGAGAUCAUGCCUCUAUUUCAUCACAUCUGCUCAUUUUAUCUCUCUUAACCAACUUCUUUUAAACUCAUUUGGUAAGAGGAAGAUGUAGUUUCUGGACAAGGUAAAUAUGAAGGUUUUUAGUGCUGCCUAUAUAGUUGUCACGUUAAAUCUUGAGCCAUAUUUUGCGGUUGAACGUUGGAAAAAUUUUUGCCUCAGAAAUGCAAUUGGAAAGACAUUGUUACAAUCCUAUAUGUUGUGACAUGCUUAAAAAGCCAUAAUCAUUAUUAAAAGCACUAAGGAUUUUUCAGUGCUGUCCAAUGAAGAUACACAGCAGUGACAUGUAUGGUAUGUUAUUGUAAACUUGAUAGUCCGGUGUACCAGAUGCAAAGUAAAUGACUUUAGCAGUAUGUAAUAGUAUAUUUUUCUUGGACAGACAUUCUGUUUAAGAAUGAGCAAAACAUGCUUGGGAAUUGCACGGGUUAACAGUCUUCUUUUACUCUGUUUGAAAUUCCAUGUCCCUGUAGGAAUUGUUUACAUCGAUACAUGUUCUUUUUUUUACAGUAAUAUGGCUAUUAAUCCGGGACUGUGUUACAACCAGCAAUUACUGUAAAUGUAUAGCUGGAGAAAGAAAUCUGUCAAACAACCACAGUUUGAUUGAUUGCUUUUUGUGGGGGAGGGAUAACAGAGCCCAGGAGAGUGUUAAAAAGAGGAUCGACUUUAAGCUGCUUUAUUACAUAGUUAAAAUUAGCCGGGGACAUUUUUUAUUAUUUCUAAUGUGCUCCAAUAAUAAUAACAAUUAUCUAGCAAUUAUACACUCCAUUCCUUAGUGUUAUGUAUGGGGAAAAAAAGUGCUGUGUUCACAAACAUGAUUUGAAGUAGAAAAAGUGGGGCAGUCACCAUGGAAACCAAGGAAUUCGCAUCCAUGUUGCUUUGGUGACUUUACCCCUUUUCGAUAUUUGAAACCUUUUUCAGAGCAAAUUAUUAUAUAUAAACCCCAUUAUAUUUAUUAUUAUGAUUCAUUUUGUUGAUAGGAAUAUUCUUGAAUCUGUCAGAUUAAGAAUUCUAUACAAGUUGUUUUAGUCCAGCAAAGAUGCAGAUGCAAAUUAAUGGAAUAUUGUAAUAUCUUAUAAUGCCUUUUUAGACUAACAAGACAGGCUGCUAAGUUUAAAGCAUUUCUUACCAAAACAUGCAGGAACAACCUAAGUUUUGAUACUGUAGUUAAAACCACAACCACUUACUUGGUUGAUUGUGACGGGUGGAGUAGUGCCUAAGAGAUUUAAGUGGUUUCUCAAAAAAUGCAAUGUUUUAAAUCGCCGCAUUUAGAGGCCAGAGACACUGCACCAAUGCCACUUCAUUAAGAUGAAGUGGUCUGGGUGACUAUAGUAGUCCUUUAAGUGUAUACUUUUUCUCAUAAUUAGUAUUAAUUAUUGCCAAUUGUUUGAAACUAUUUUUUUGCUUUGGAUUUAGUUUUUUCUAGCCUUCCUCUCUGAGACUUAUUUAAUUUUAAAAGAUGGACCAGCUACAUCAGUUUUUUAGAUUUUUAUAUUCUUCAUGUGUUGUAUUAUCACAAUAGUAGCCUGUGACACUUAUUACUUUGGAAGGGAUUUCCCUACACAUCUCUUUCUGGAUAAUGAUUUAGCCGUCGAGUUGCUGGCUCUUCUAUAUGUUAUUGCAUUAAAAUAUUACCAUUAAUAUCUUUUUAACAUAUCAGAUUUCUCAACACUGCAGCUGAGUCUGUUUACAAUCCAAGACUGGGAAAUGGCUGUAGUGUGUUUAUUUAAAGCCUUUUUACCAUUUACAAGUCAUUGUAAACUGGAGUAGAAUUUUGAACGUUAACAAAAUAUUGUGGUCUCCUUUCCUCUCCUAGUGUGAACACAUGCAUUUGACCUUUAAAUGAUUACAGUACUUUGCCUUCUCGGAUUCCUAAAUGUGUUUGACAUAACAUACGUAAGAUGAACACUUAUGAAAACACAGUACACUAAGGAGCUAUGAGAAUGUAUUUGGUACCUGAUAAAUACCUUUAUAUUAGUUGUACAGGACAAAAAAAUUGGGUUAGACUAUACUGGUAGAAUUUGUUUCUGGUCAGCGAAAAUUAGUUUAUGUUGCUGUUCGGCUCGGACAAACGUCAAUCCCGAAAAAUUAGCGAAGGCCGUUCAGGCAGCCAGAACAGCAGGAAAAAAUGGAACUAGGACUGUGCUAACAUGCAAAAAUGGCUACAAUAGAGCAUGGCAUAAUGGCUAUGCAAAAUCAACAAUUUUGUAUUAAUGAAAAAUAGGAAGCCCGAUUAAUUUAAAUUUCAGAAUAGGCGAUUUAUCCAAAAAGCAAUGGAAAAAGUUAAUGGGCAAUUGGCCGCCUAUUACCUUCCAUUCUGACAAUAACAAAUACUUCACACACAUGCAGUCUGAAGCUUCAGUGACUAUCUUUCAGUUUAAAAAAAAACUAAGCAGCCAAUCAGGAAGAUUGCUGGUGCAUGGUGGAAAAAAGGUUUAAAUACAAGAGACAAUUUGCUGUAAUGGUAACAUUUGGUCCAAAAGAUGUGACAAAAAUGUGGCGUCCACUUGAAAUAAGCAGCUGAUUAUGGCCUCAAUUUAUUUAUUUUGGAUAAUCUUUUUAAUUGAUUUAACCAUUGUGGAUAAACAUUUAAAAUCAUUUAUAUAUAAAAACAUAAAUAUAUAAAAAAAAAAGUUAAAACAUUUUUUUAAAAUAUAACAUCAUUUUAAAAGUGUGUCUAAAAAUAUUAAAUCAUUUGAAAAGCGUAUCUAAAAAUACAAAAUCAUGGUUUGUCUGUUUUUGUUUUUAUUCCCAAGAAUAUGAGAUAGUUGAAAUAUAAUCAGAUAUGGGAAUCCUUUGGCAGUCCAUCUGCUGUAGGUACACUAAGCAACCCUCAGCCACCUGGGAGUGGUAGUUUUCUGACUCUAAAGUGCCAUGGGAUGCUUAUCUGGUUAUAUGAGUGCAUUAAGCUCAUCGAGCAGGGCCCUCAACCCCCUCUGUUACUGUACGUCCAGUGGUCUGAUCUCAAUUAUAUGUCUGUUAGUCCACCCAUUGUACAGCGCUAUGGAAUUUGCUGGUGCUAUAUAAAUAAUAAAAUAAUAAUAAUAAUUGGUAAUGUUUGAUUAAUGUGGAGAUGCAGGAUAGAUUUGUUCCAUCUGCAAUCGGUUAGGAAUUUAUCAUCUGAAGGUUCAGUCCCAUCCUGUUAAAUAUUGAAAGCCACAUUUCUAUCAGAGCCAUUCUGGGUUAAAGGAUUUAUGUUCUGUAAAUUGAUUCUUACCUUUCUAAUGGUGUGGUCCUGUCAUUCCAGAUGUCAAACAUGUCAUGUUCACAUUCACUAAAGUAAUGUCUCUUGCAAAAUUCCUUGAUAAUGCUGCUAAAACAACACAGAAGUAGUAAAAAAAUAGUAAUAAUAAUAUAAAUGAAGAAGAAAAAUUAGUUUCAUGAUUUUAAGAAAUCGACUCACAAUAAGGUUAUAUCACGUACUACAAUGAUGUAGCUAUUUAACAAUUAGUAAUACAAUCACAGCUUAGUAAAAAAAAAAAAAAAGAAAGGUUUUGUGUAAUGUGAUUGAAAAUUUUCACUGAUCUGACUACCUAUAGAUAUGGAUGGGAUCAUGUUUCAACAUUAUAUUUGCUCACGUUUAAAUAUCUAAUGAAGUGUAGCGUUACUUACCUUAACCGGGGGCCGGUCGCGGUCCUCUCUUCAAGCCGCACGCGGUCCUGCGGCUCAUCCGACUGCUUUAGAUGGAAGGCGGGCAGUGACCGCGUGAAGCGGUCACGUGUCCCGCCUGAAACUAAGAGCGCUCUUAAAGAGACAGUGGGAGCCUAAUUGCCAAAAGGCUCCCAUUGGCUCCUGUCAUACCACACUCCCUAUACAAUUACCUUUUGGGGGUGUGGAAGUGACAGGAGCCAAUCACUUUCGUUUAAAAGCUAUUUAAACUUACCUUUUUCCCUUAGCUCGUUGCCCUAUCGUGGUUUCUGUUUCAGUUCCCUUUAGCGCUUGUGGUGUUCAGUUGUGUUUUCUCGUAUUGACUUUGGCUUCGUAUUCUGACUUCGUUUUCGCUUUAUCCUUAUCUGUACUGUUUGCCGGCUUGCUGUUUUCCGUGUACCAGACCCCGGCUUGUCCUAGUUUACGCUGUCUCUCUGUGCCCUUGACCUCGGUUUGUUCCUGGCUCUGUCUCCUCUCAUAUACGUCGAGUCCGGCCAUUCUAAGGUCCGGUAGACGUAUCUCUCCUCUGUAUUGGCUUCUGUUUAGCUGGAUCCUGCGUGUAGGGGUAUAUUCUCGUUACAUUACGAUAGGGCCAUGGACCCCGCAGAUUUAGCUCAACAGAUGGCGUCCCAUGAGGCAAGAUUUGUAGAGCAGGAUCACCGUAUGGAUCAGAUAGCCCAGGCUCUCCAGACGCUCCUAGCUAGAACCGUUCCAGCAACCACACCUAACCCUCCUACGCCCCUUCUCCCUGAAGUAUCUACUUUGCCUAAUACUUCGGCCCAUUUAACACCUCCUCCUAGGUAUGGAGGGGACUCUAAGACUUGCAGAGGGUUUAUUAAUCAAAUUGAAUUCCACUUCGAAAUGUAUCCACGUUCAUUUCCCACAGAGAGGUCUAAGGUUGGGUUCUUUAUGCACCAACUUACCGAUAAGGCACUUGAGUGGGCAAAUCCUAUUUGGGAAGCUAAUGGACCUAUGGUACAUGAUUUCAACAGUUUUCUUACGGCUUUUCGUAGAACUUUUGACACAAUGAAAAGGUCAAAGAAUGCCGCGAGAGCAUUAAUGAGAAUUAAACAGGGUUCUAGGUCUGUGGCUGAUUAUGCUAUUCAGUUUCGCACUCUUGCUUCGCAGGUAGAUUGGACCAACAAUGGGUUAACUACUGCCUUCAUGGAAGGUUUGUCAGAUACAAUAUUGGAUGAGGUAGCAGCUAAGGAGCUUCCUAUUGCCUUAGAGGACCUUAUUGAUUACCUCAUUGAUAUAGAUAAUAGAAUUCGUGACAGGCUCUAUACCAAGAACAGGAAUAGACGUUUUGUUACACCCAUUAACCCCAGAGUUAAUAUACCAGAGAGUGUUAAAGUGUCUGAGGAGGAACCUAUGCAAUUAGGGGUUGCCAAACUCUCUGAUACUGAAAAAUUACAUAGGAGAAGAGAGGGACUCUGCCUAUACUGUGGUAGGAGAGACCAUAUGGUAAAGGAAUGUCCUUUACUCCCGGAAAACUCUCGCACCUAAGACCUUAUAGGGGACUGGCCUUGGGUGUGAUAUCUAAGUCUCCUAAAUUGCCUCCUAACCGCUUGCUUCUCCCGGUUUCUUUAUAUAUGGGAGAGAUUUGUAUAGUUGACAACAUAUAUGCUCUGGUUGACUCUGGGGCAGCUGAAAAUUUUAUAGACUCUGGCUUUAUAAAGAGAAACAACAUUCCCAUCAGAGAGAAGGAGAUACCCUUGGCCGUUGAGGCCAUAGAUGGUAGACCAUUAAGUUCUCCAGUUGUUACUCAUGAGACUGUACCAUUACACAUGUACACAGGGGUUUUACACUAUGAAACCAUUCGAUUCCAGGUCAUCACCUCUCCCUCUUCACAGUUAGUAUUAGGGUAUCCAUGGUUACGUGCUCACAAUCCCAUUUUUGACUGGGAGACAGGGCAAAUAAAAUCAUGGAGUGAGGCCUGCCACGAGUCUUGUACGUUUGAAGUCACACCUUUGAAUUCUAUUAAGGUACCUACCAGUCCUCCUUUGUCUACGGCUAUACCCCCUCAGUAUUUAUCUCUAAAGACUGUUUUCGAUAAAAGGGAGGCUGAGAAAUUACCGCCUCACAGACCCUAUGAUUGUGCUAUUGACUUGUUGCCUGGCACUAUACCUCCAAAGGGCAGGGUGUACCCCUUAUCGGUUCAAGAAAACCGUGUCAUGGAGGAGUAUAUUAAGGAAUCACUAGAAAAGGGGUUUAUUAGGAGAUCCUCUUCUCCAGCUGGAGCAGGGUUCUUCUUUGUAUCGAAGAAAGAAGGUGAUUUAAGACCGUGUAUAGAUUAUAGAGGUCUAAACAAAAUCACUAUCAAAAAUGCAUACCCUAUACCUUUAAUUACAGAAUUAUUUGACAGGCUGAAACAUGCCACUGUGUUCACUAAAUUAGACCUUAGGAGUGCAUACAAUUUGAUACGUAUAAAGGAAAAUCACGAAUGGAAGACUGCAUUCAACACUAGAUCCGGUCAUUACGAAUAUACUGUUAUGCCAUUUGGGCUUUGCAAUGCCCCAGCAGUAUUCCAAGAAUUUAUUAAUGAUGUCUUAAGAGAUUUUAUUCACACAUUUGUUAUCGUAUACUUGGACGACAUUUUAAUAUAUUCUACAGACAUACACACUCAUCACAGACAUGUUACGACAGUUUUGAAGACCCUUCUUGCUAAUGGUCUUUAUUGCAAGCUAGAAAAAUGUCUGUUUGACCAAACCGAAGUCCAGUUCUUGGGGUAUUUGAUUUCCGCUAAAGGUUUUCGUAUGGAUCCCCAGAAGCUUGCUGCUGUAAUAGAAUGGCCUCUACCGCAAGGUCUGAAAGCUAUUCAGCGUUUUCUUGGGUUCUCCAAUUAUUAUAGACGUUUUAUCAAAGGUUUCUCGUCCAUUGUAGCACCUAUUACCCGUAUGACUAAAAAGGAUGGCAAUACUCGUGUUUGGUCUACCGAGGCACUUCAGGCUUUUGAAUUUCUUAAAACUACGUUCGCCUCUGCACCUAUUUUACAGCAUCCUGUCCCCUCACUGCCCUAUAUUCUUGAAGUUGAUGCUUCGGAUAUCGGGGUAGGUGCUGUCUUAUCCCAAAGAGAGUCGCCUGAAAAGCCAUUGCAUCCAUGCGGCUUCUUUUCUAAACAAAUGUCCAAAGCAGAGAAAAAUUAUGAUGUGGGUAAUCGCGAACUCCUUGCUAUUAUUUUAGCACUUAAAGAGUGGAGACAUUUGUUAGAAGGAACUAAGGAUCCUAUCCUCAUUUUUACGGAUCACAAGAACCUAUCCUACCUUAGCGAAGCCAAAAGAUUGUCUUCCAGGCAGGCUAGGUGGUCACUAUUUUUGUCCCGUUUCAAUUUUAUUAUCACCUAUAGGCCAGGUGAUCGCAACACUAAAGCAGACGCUCUGUCCAGACAGUUCGAAACUACUGACAAACAGGAGAUUGAUGUUACUCCUGUCAUUCCCCCAGACAGGAUAAUAGCUACUACUAUUUUGUCUAUUUCCUCGUCCCUCUUGCAGGCCAUACAAGCGAAACAAAGCAUGGCACCUAGCGAGAGGCCUAAUGAUAAACUGUUCGUUGAUGUUCCGAGAGACGGGAUAUUAUGUCAUUAUAUCAUGAUACUAAGACUGCUGGACAUCCUGGUAUUUCCAAAACGGUGUCAGCUGUUUCUCGGUAUUUUUGGUGGGAUUCCUUACGAAAGGAUGUCACUGACUAUAUAAGUGCUUGUACUACUUGUGCCUGUAUGAAAUCCUCCCGUAGAGUUCCUUGUGGGCUGUUGCAUCCGUUACCCGUUCCCGAGAGACCUUGGUCUAACCUGUCCAUGGAUUUUAUUGUUGAAUUACCCCCUUCAAAUGGUAACACAGUAAUCCUGAUGAUAGUGGAUCGGUUUUCCAAGAUGGCUCACUUCGUGUCUCUUCACAAGUUGCCCACAUCCAAGGAACUGGCUCAUAUCUUCGCUAGAGAAGUAUUUCGAUUACAUGGUAUUCCCGUAUCUAUUGUAUCUGAUAGGGGUAGCCAAUUUAUUUCCAGGUUCUGGAGGGCCUUUUGUUCAGAAAUGGGUAUUUCUCUCUCAUUUUCUUCCGCUUAUCAUCCCCAGUCUAAUGGGGCUGCUGAACGUGCCAACCAGUCUCUGGAGCAAUACCUCCGUUGUUUUGUGUCUCACCAUCAGGACAAUUGGUCUGACCUGCUUCCUUGGGCUGAAUUUGCUCGGAAUAACGCCACUCAUGAUUCUUCCGGCAAGACCCCUUUUUACGUUGUCUAUGGCCAGCAUCCCGUUGUUCUUCCGGCUGCAUUCUCCUCACAGGGCAUGCCAGUUCUGGAUGAGCAUUUGGCUGGUUUGCGUAAUACUUGGGAGCAGGUUCAGCGUUCUUUGGUGGACUCUGCUACUCGCCAGAAGGCUCAGGCUGACAAGCAUCGCAGAGCAGCUCCGUCCUAUGUUGUGGGGACAGGGUUUUGCUUUCCACGCGGAAUAUUCGUCUCCGGGUGCCUUCUAUGAAAUUGGCUCCCCGCUUCAUUGGACCUUAUCGUAUUAUACAUAAGGUUAAUCCUGUUUCUUAUGCCUUAGGCCUGCCUAAGAAUCUACGUAUUCCUAAUGUCUUUCACACCUCAUUGUUGAAACCUUCGUACGCAACCGCUAUACCCGGCAUACUCCUCCUCCCCCUCCUAUCUCAGUGGAGGGUCAUGAGGAGUUCGAAGUGUCUGCUGUUCUUGACUCUCGUUUCCUUAGGGGUCGACUUCAGUACUUGGUACAUUGGAAGGGUUAUGGGCUUGAGGAGCACAGUUGGAUUUCGGCUGAUGCUGUUCAUGCUCCCCGUCUUGUGCGCUCUUUCCAUUCUCGUUUUCCUGCCAGGCCUGGUCCUACCCGCCCGGAGGGCAUGUCCUCAGGGGGGGGUACUGUAGCGUUACUUACCUUAACCGGGGGCCGGUCGCGGUCCUCUCUUCAAGCCGCGCGCGGUCCUGCGGCUCAUCCGACUGCUUUAGAUGGAAGGCGGGCAGUGACCGCGUGAAGCGGUCACGUGUCCCGCCUGAAACUAAGAGCGCGCCGCGAGUCUCGGGCGCGCUCUUAAAGAGACAGUGGGAGCCUAAUUGCCAAAAGGCUCCCAUUGGCUCCUGUCAUACCACACUCCCUAUACAAUUACCUUUUGGGGGUGUGGAAGUGACAGGAGCCAAUCACUUUCGUUUAAAAGCUAUUUAAACUUACCUUUUUCCCUUAGCUCGUUGCCCUAUCGUGGUUUCUGUUUCAGUUCCCUUUAGCGCUUGUGGUGUUCAGUUGUGUUUUCUCGUAUUGACUUUGGCUUCGUAUUCUGACUUCGUUUUCGCUUUAUCCUUAUCUGUACUGUUUGCCGGCUUGCUGUUUUCCGUGUACCAGACCCCGGCUUGUCCUAGUUUACGCUGUCUCUCUGUGCCCUUGACCUCGGUUUGUUCCUGGCUCUGUCAUAUACGUCGAGUCCGGCCAUUCUAAGGUCCGGUAGACGUAUCUCUCCUCUGUAUUGGCUUCUGUUUAGCUGGAUCCUGCGUGUAGGGGUAUACUCUCGUUACAUGAAGUAACUGAGCUCCCCCAACAAACACACACAAAAAAAAGAAUGUAUAUCAUUAUGUUUUUGUGGCAAAAACAUAAAAAUGACAUUCACGAGUGGACAUGCAACGCUACUAGCAAUACUUUGUAAUUCAUAUAAAAUAAGGUUUCAAGUAAUAUAUUCAUUCUUAAAUCAUAGGCUGUAGGUGGGCCACAACAUACGUUCACGUAUAUAUCUGGCAGGUCUAUUGUAGAAAAUAUAGUCUUGAUAAAGUCUCAUGAAAGCAGAAAGAUUACAUAGUUACAUAGCUGAAAGAGACAUGUGUCCAUCAAGUUCAGCCUUCCUCACAUCUGUUUUUUGCUGUCGAUCCAAAAGAAGGCACUUCCUUGAAGCACUUCCAAUUUUGCAAUAAAGUAGGAACAAAUUCCUUCUUGACCCAAGAUUGGAAAACAUAUUAUAUUUUUGCAGGUAUGCAUCUAAUUGCUGUUUAAACAUCUGUACAGACUCUGAUGAAACCACUUCUCCAGGCAGAGAAUUCCACAUCCUUAUUGUUCUCACUGUAACUUUGACUCUGACUUUACCUUAGAGUAAGUCUAAAUGAAGUUGAAAAUAUAAAUGGCAGGACAGUCACAAUUUGGGAACCCUUGUUUCACUGUCCCAUUUCUUUGGUGCCUCCAUAAGUAGCCCCCCCCCCAAAAAAAAUACAGAGCACAAUUAAAUGUGCUUUAACUUUAAGAAGCUCUGCCAUUGGCCAUUGGCAGUACCAACAGGCUGUCCGUCAGGCCCGUCUGUCAACAUGGUUUCAAAAAUGUUUACAGGAUGUAGUUAAAUUGAACUGUCAGCAUAAAGUAUAUAGCAGUACCCGACUGAAAAUCAAUUUUUAUUCUUUGCCUUUAUGAACCUUUUGAGUAUGCAGAUGUAAUAUUAACAGGCUAAGGAACAUUAACAUCUGUUAAUCGAUGUGAACCAGAGAGAACUAAGAUACAAAUGGGAAGAAAAUAUAAAUAAUGAUCACAGAUCCAUGUUAUAAAGAACAUGUGGUCUCUGAAAUGCCAUAACUUUUCAUACUCUGAGUGAAGAGGAAUUAUGUAUUGCUAUUUAGUGUCUGGUGAAGAUCAGUCUUUGCCUCCUGCAAAGCAGCAUUGUCUACAGAAUUACCAGGCUCAGAGAAAUGAGUUCAAGACUCCAGGGUCUAGUUUGCAAGUAAAUGUAUUAGCCGAAGGCACAUUACUACAAUCAACUACUUUAUAUAUAGAUUUAGAAGUGCUGCCCUAGAAUCCCGCUGUAUUGGUUAUGUUGCCUAAAAUUCUCUGUCACCAUCCCCUCAAUUCUGCAUUGGCAGUACAACUGAGACAGGGGCAGUCUACCAGCAGGAGAGGGCAGCAGUACACAAAAUUAUGCUGCAGAAGGGGUUAUACAAACCUUUUUUUUUUUUUUUAUCUAUGACCACCUUUGCAAGUAGGGUGAUCGCCUAAAAGGGCACUCAAGCCUGGAACUGGCCUAUACCCGUGUGCAUGUGCACUGCAUUGUAUAGACCAGGGGUUCCCAACCCAGUCCUCAAGUACCCCAUACCUGCCAAGGUUUUAGGGAUUACUCUGUUGUGUCUAAAGUGUUUUUUGUCUUUCUAAAAACAGCUUAGACACAACUGGAUAAUCCCUAAAUCAUGGACUGUUAGCGGGGUAUUUGAGGACUGGGUUGGGAACUACUGGUUUACACAAUACCUAAAAAUAUGCAAAUAAUCAGUUGAAAAUAUGAAAAGAUAAACUAGAUACUUUCAGUCAAGAAGCUCUCAUGCUAGAAAACAGAAAGAAGAAAUUUCAGGUAUUCUAGAAUUCAGAAGGAGGGAGAGACAGGGAUCGUUACAAUGCAGAACGUUAGAAAAUAUUUAUCCAAGUGCAACAUCUGCUUAAAUGGACCACCCAAUCCCCUUAUUAAGUGACAGGUGAUGUGUUAAUAACUCUUCACAGAACCCAGAGGACUAGUUCUCAACUAGAAAGUAGUAUUGGGCUCUAUUGUAUACCCACAUCUCAUAUGUGAUAAACACAAAAAGAAUUCAGUGCUAGUAAUCACAAAAUUAGUCAAGGUAGGCAGCAACCCAAAUGAAGGAAAUCCCCUCGGGUCCUUCGGUGGAUAGAUACAAAAAGAUAUGGAAGGGCUGUGCCAAAUAAGGGUAGAUAGUCCAGUAAAGUAUUGCUAGGGUGUCAAUAGAUUGUCUAGGAUACUUGAUAGAGUUCCUCUGUGGAUGCGUCUGGUGUAGACCGUUCCGUAUAUGUAAAUACAAGAGGGGUAGAGGCGACUAAUGGUAUAGUAUGAAAGUUCAGGGUGUGAUAGGUAACAAAAAGUAAAGAACUCACAUUCAAGAGAGCUAUGGCCAGCUCUGGUGUGGAUUGCGUACAGCGGUAUAAUCCCCGCUUAUGGGAUAUGUAGGGAGGGGGUCUCCGUCAACACCGUCUGGUAGUCCAGAACUCAGAAAAGAAAGACAGAAAGCAACAAUAGUGCUCUCAAUUUUGAUGUGGUUCAAUGUGCAGAUAAGAAGAGGUAAAAAACUCACAUUUGAGGGAGCUAUGGCCAGCUCUGGUGUGGAUAGCGUACAGCGGUAUAAUCCCCGCUUAUAGGAUAUGUAGCGGCGAUACGUCCGUCAGCACCGUCUGGUGAUCCAAGGCUCCAAUAUAGAAGAAUAAAAAGCAGCAAUAGUGCUCUCAAUUGUGACAGGUUAAGAGAGUAGUAGAGAAAAUAAAAUAAUACUCACAAAGAUAGAGCAGAGGUACUGCUCUAUGGAUAGGCGCCGGUGGUAUGAUCCCCACCUAGGAUUUCUUGGAGUACUGGAACUUUAAAAUUGCCAGUGGAAGUAAAAGUAACCAGGAAAGGUUAAAAUGCCAGGAAUAGGUAAAAAAAGUUGUUUAAAGUGCAUAAAGAGUGCAAUAAAAAGAGGAUUGGUACAAUAAAGUAGCCAAAAAACUUUUAUUGAUCUAAAAUACACAGUAAAAUACAGAAUUAAUAACCAUAAACGCGUUUCACCAUAAGUGACUUCUUCAGGAUGGGAUAAAAGUAGUAACCUGGCAGGGGUUGUUUAAAUAGGGCUAUGUUAAUUUGAAAAUUGCGCCAAAAGUGUAAUUGGCCAAUCAGAGACAAUUUUUAAAAUCACUUUUCAAAAUUAGGAUUCAAGAGUAUGGGAGUGAUGUUAUAAAGGUGAUGAGUCCAUUUAAAUUAUUUAAAUGUGAAAACGAGGGUGAGAAAGUUGUUUUUUAAAGAGAAAGAAAAAAAAAGUUGUUUGAUUAAAGUUCAAAAAAAAAAAGUUGUUUGAUUAAAGUUAAAAAAAAAAGUUGUUUGAUUAAAGUUCAAAAAAAAAAAGGUGUUUGAUUAAAGUUCAUUAAAAAAAAAUAAAACAAAUAAGUAGAUGGUUUAAAGGUACAGAGAUACAGAGAUAUAUGUAAAUGGAGUAUGCAUGAAAAGGGGGUAAUAUAAUCCCAAACAUAAUGAUUUAAAUAUGGGUUAUAUUAUACCCCAGAGUAAUAAUAUAUUACAGAUGUUAAAUGAAAAUAAUAGAUAAAAUAAAAAUAACAUUAAAUAAAAUUAAAUAAAAGAUAACACAGAAUACAAGAUACAUAAAUGGAGAGGCAUAGAUGAAAAAUUAAAACUUAAAAGAUUAUUAUUAUGAGGGUUGGUUAGGUCCAGACAUAAAGAAUAAAAGCAUGUAGAUAAGGGUUGUAAAUAGGAAUUUAAAUAAAAUUAAACAGGUCAAAAUCAACAUUUAAACCAGAUGGGGUAAGAGUUUUGAGAUUAAAAACCCAUUCCAUCUCAGCUUUACCUAAUAUGUUCUUAAUGUUACCACCUCUCCAUGGUAUUAUAAAUUUUUUUAUGCCGAUGCAGUUAAGGUGUCUUGUGUCGUUAUGUGUACAAAAGUGUUUGGAGACUGAGUGAUUCAGGUAGCCUUUUUUGAUAUUUCUACAGUGUUCACUCAGUCUCACUUUAAGACUUCUUGUGGUCAUCCCUACAUACUGGAGACCACAAGGGCACUCCAACAAGUAGAUGACAUUUUUGGUAUCGCAACUGAUAAAAUCUUAAAUUUUAUAGGUUUUGUUGGUGAUAUUAGAUUUAAAACUGGUGGUUUUGGAAGGGACGGAGGGGUCUGUGUUUUUGCAUACAAUGCAUCUUUUACAUUUAUAAAAGCCACUGGCAUUGGGCAUAAAAGAAUUAAAAGUAGGUUUGGUUUCUUUUGUAAAAUUGGUGGUUAAAAUGGAUUUGAAGUUUGGGGCACCUCUAAAGACAACAUUAGGCUUGUCAGGUAUAAUAUUUUUAAGUAUUUCGUCUUCUUUUAAGAGGUGCCAAUGUUUUUUGAUAAUAUUUUUCACAUGGCCACGUUAUUAAAAUUGAAAAUAACAGGAAGGGGCAUGGUGUUGGUGGUGGGUUGGGUAUUGUAAGUUAGGAGGUCUGCUCUAUCUUUUUUGGUGAUGGUAUUUAUAGUGGUGUUGAGACGGGUUGGUGAGUAAUUUUUCUCAAUAAAUUUUUCUUUUAGAUAAUUUGAUUGUUUGUUAAAAUCUUCUAUUUGGGAGCAAUUCCUUCUGAGACGAAGGAAUUGGCUUUGAGGGGCACUUUCCAACCAAGGUUUGUAAUGGCAGCUAGAUCUUUCGAUAGCUGUGUUGACGCAGACCUUUUUAAAAAAUGUUUUGGUGUGGAUGGUAUUGUCUGUAAUGAAGAUGUUGAGGUCUAAAAAAUUAAUAGAUUCCUUACUUGUUUCGUGGGUUAGGGUAAUGCCUCUAUUGUUGAUGUUGAGGCCAUAUGUGGCCUAACAAAUCAAAUAUAUAUCAUUGUAUGUGAAAUUGUAAGACCAACAUUACAUUAGAUGUACACAGCUACUUUAUAAAUUCAUUUAGAUAUAAUGCACAUCUUUUCUUAUCUAGUGAAAACCAGGUGAAUACUGAGAUAGUCAUGACUUCAGGAAACAUAAAAAAAACUAGCCCAAAAUUGCCCAAGGAGAAGUAAAUAACAGACAAUAAAAAUGAAUUAGCCCUUAUUAGGAUGUCUGUGGCAUAACCCUUCUGCAGGGCUACAAAGAUCAAUCUCAACAUCUCAACAAAGUGCAUAAGAUAGCAAUAUGCGUUUGAUCAGUGUUGUAAUUUGACUUGCAACCAGAAAUAUGUGUCCGGAUGCCAGAAGCUCUGGUCUCUUCCAGAGAUACUAACCCCCAAGAUCAAUGCAUAUUGUCUCCAUGAAGCGGUCUGAAUAUUAACAGGACAUUACUAGACCCCGCAGCAUUCAAAGGUAUUUCUUUCAACUCAGUCACAACAACAUGCAGAGGAGUAUUUAUGAAAGAAUACGAAUACAUCCUACAUUUACAUACAGACCCUCUAUACAAAUGCAUACCUGCAGUCACGCACCAGAAAUUCCCAAUGUACACAUACUGACAGACACUAAUAUACAUCUACAUUCGCAAACUAUGGCGCUAUACAAAAAUCCAUCCCUACAUUGACACUGAAUUCACAGACUUGAUAUAUAUAUAUAUAUAUAUAUAUGUAUAUCUACAUCCCUGCAUGAAAACACACUCAAAUACAUCAGGCUACACCACCGUAACCUGUCACACCGUUUUGUUAUGCCUUGACACAAACUUGGGUCCCACACUGCUUUCAGUCUAAAAGCUGGAUGCCAACUUUGUGCAAGAUUAUUAUUAUUAUUUUAUUAUUUAUAUAGCGCCAUCAGAUUCCGUAGCGCUGUACAAUGGGUGGACUAACAGACAUUUAAUUGUAACCAGACAACUGGACGUACAGGAACAGAGAGGUGGAGGGCCCUGCUCAAUGAGCUUAUAGCAGUUCAAUCACUAACUUUUGGUAUCUGAUGCUCUCAGACAACUAAUAAGUUCCUGUUUUGCAAAGAGUUGAUAUGUGGCUUUUAAAGAAGUGAGCUAUUUGGGCUCCCAGUGGGACCCAGGUAAGUUUUACCCCACGCCAAAUCAAAUUGACAGAUUACGGUGGAAUGGCACCAAGGAACUUCUGGAUUCACAAUUACUUCAGUGUGCGUCAGCGUUUGCGGUGUUUACAGUGUUCCUUUAAGGACCAGACAAAUUGGACUCACAGAUCAUGCCUUCAUAUUUCUAACUGUUUCUAUGACUUAAGCUAUACUUAUUAAAAAAACAUCUUUACUGUAAAAGUGAUGUUUAUUGCAGUUUGUUUUAUUCAUAAUCCAGUUUUUUAUCCUGCAUUAAAAAUUAACAUCUCAAUACAUUUCUAUUACAGCAAUCUAAAUAUAUUUAAAAUGUUUAGUUCGUAUUAAAAACAUAUUUCAUUUCUAAUUCUAUGCCUAUUACACUUCUGAUUCAUGCAUCAUAUGGAGAUUCAUGUUACAUGUAGUUAUUUAAUGGACUCUGUGGGGGGUGGGGAGGAUAUUUUUGUUUACAGUAAAUCCAGCGUUGUCGGCAAAUCAAAUAUUUUUUAUUGAGGCAAAAACAAAAAGUGUUUUUAAUUUCAUACAUUUCCAUAUGAAGCCCCAUUAAUAUUGCCAUGUGAGCCCUGAAUCUGCCCACAUAAUAAAAUAUGUUGUAUAAUAAAUAUUUUUUAGAAAAUAAUCUUUGCUAUUGCUAAAACAAUACGUAUAUGCAUAAACUACAAAAACAGUCACAGUGACUAACGUUUCACCAGCAGUAAAAUUGAAAGCUUUAAUGCACAAGAAUAUAAAAUUAAAAUCUCAUCCGCACAGUCCAGUGAUAUAAAGAGCAGAGACCAUGGCAGAUUGAAGUUUUAUAGCUGUUUUGGCUAGCUACAAUUCAUGUGAUAAACAAAUUUAGAACUCCAAGACCACGCACAGUCACAUUGCACAAUACAGGUUUUUGUUAUACAGUCACAGACUUUAUGAGAUUCCUUGCUGGAUUCUAUUAAGCUUUUUUUGGCUCUCCAGUAGGUAACAGCCUUUUUUGUCUAUCGUUAUACAAAGAAACACAUAUUUUUGCUCAAACAUUCCUUUUCGCCAAAACUCUGUUCUAUUAUGUUUACAGGGAAAUGUUCUGCUUUGUUUAUUUAUUUUGGUUUACGUACGUUUACAGUUGUGCUCAAAAGUUUGCCUACCCUUGGAGAAUUGGUAAUAUAUGUACCAUUGUUAAAGAAACCAUGAGUGAGCAGGCAAAACAUAUUUCUUGUAUUUCUUAUGGGAUUCAUAUUCAACUGUAGGUUAUAAUAGAAUGGCACAAUCAUAAAACAAAAGAUGGCAACAAAAAAAAAUGAAAUGACCCCUGUUCAAAAGUCUGCAUACCCAUAGUUCGUAAUACUGUGAAUUGCCCCUUUUAGCAUCAAUGACAGCGUGCAGUCUUUUGUAAUAGUUGUCUAUGAGGCCCCAAAUUCUUGCAGGCGGUUUAGCUGCAUGGCCGGCGAAUUCUAUAGGCCAACUAGGCAGCCGCCUAGGGCACUGCUUAAAGGGGGGCGCCGGCAGGAGCUUUACUGCUCUGCUCCUUUGGUUGUCCCUCUAUGUUCUAAUAAUUCUACAAUUUGUGCCGGGAGCCAUGUUACCAGGCGCUAGGGACACUUACAUGUCUGCUGGCUAGCGCCCAGUGUAACACUGGUCCGAAGGCAUCCACUUCCGCCUGCUCAACCAGGCCACCCAGAAGCACUCCCAUUGCCACGAGAGUGCUUCAAUUUCUCGCCCUCGCCGCUUGCCCUAUAUGUGGGGACAAGUGGGCGGGAGCAUAGCUGACAUGCAGUGAAGGCGGCCAGGCGCAGGGAAGCGGACAGAAACACGUGACAUAUUUUGAAUCAGAUUAUGAACUGUAAAGAAAUUUUGCAUUGUAUUGCAGUGCAGAUGCAUUGAAAACACAUAUCAUUAACAAAUGCGAUGCAAUCCAAAAUUGAAAACAAAGAUAAUGCAUUAGCAAUUUGCUAGUGCCAACAUGCAUCAAAGCAAACUCCAAGUUUUAGCAAAAUGCACAGGGGGAUUUAUUCACUGAAUAAUGAAUUAUAGUUGUCUGUCUAUAAAGUUUAUAUUUUGCAUUGUGAACUUCAUUACAACCUCGUUAUUUUUUUUGUGUGUGAAUAAAUUCCCUUUGAGUUCUAGAUUGCAAAUGCAUGGCAAUUUGUUACGGUUUCAUUUAAUGCUUGCCCUUAAAGGACCAAUAUAGUGUCAGGAAAACAAACUCGUUUUCCUGGCUCUAUAUAAUCCUUAGGGUCCCGCCACCCUCAGGGCCCCCCUCCUUCUGGGCUGAAGGGGUUAAAACCCCUUCAGCCACUUACCUUAAUCCAGCGCUUUCCUAUUAAUGUUCUGCAGGCUGAAUGCGAUUCUAGCGGCUGUCAGGAAGACAGCCACUGGAGGCUGGAUUAACCCUGCAAUGUAAACAUAGCAGUUUCCCUGAAACUGCUAUGUUUACAUCGGAAGAGUUAAAACCUGGGGGACCUGGCACCCAGACCACUUAAUUGAGCUGAAGUGGUCUGGGUAACUAUAGUGGUCCUUUAAAGGAGAGGAGACCAAUUCUUGUUUUUCUCCUGAAUUUCAGUUCAAUAGAGUGAAGAAAAAAUAUAUAAUUUUACCAAAUGAUUAACUAUUUUGACAAUUAAAGACCAUUGUAUGUCAGCAAAAAUAAUCUUCAGUGAAUUCACUAUUUAAUGCAUAAUGUACAUUUUGCUUUAAUAUUGAUUGUUUUCAUGUAUUUUCUGUUAGAUGCUCACCCAGUCACUCCUUCACAAAAUCAUUAAAAACUCACCUUUUUACAAAAGCAUAUCAAUUAAACCUUAGAUUCCUCUUCUGCAACUGUCAUUAGUCUAAUACUAUCCUUACCUUUUGUGUCAUUUUACCCCACUCCCUCUAGCAUGUAAGCUCAUUGAGCAGGGCCCUCAACCUCUCUGUUCCUGUGUGUCCAACUUGUCUGGUUACAAUUACAUGUUUGUUAGUCCACUCAUUGUAAAGAGCUAGGGAAUUUGUUGGCGCUAUAUAAAUAUUAAUAAUAUACACACUUUAUCUGGCUACUCUUUAAUUUCAAAAUAAGCAUUGAGUUUAUUCAUAAACAAAUAGUUUUAUGACGACAGUUGUCAUAAAACUUUGGAAGAAUCAGAAGCAAGACUUAAAGGAACACUAUUGUGCCAGGAAUACAAACAUGUAUUCUUGUCACUAUUGGUGUAAAAACACAUUUAAGUUCGAUUUAGGUAGAUGUCACUUACCUUUUUCCAGUGCCACAUGGGUUUCCUCGCAGGAAAGCAUUGGGAGGCUAAUGUGCAUGGCCGGCAGAAUGUCACGCUUGCCAAUCAGCAUCUCCUCAUAGAGACGCAUUGAAUCAAUGCAUCUCUAUGAGGAGCGUUCAACGUCUACAUGCAAAGUGUGGUGACAGUGAAUGUUAGCGCUGCACACUGUACUUCACUGGCCCAGGAGGUGUUUUCUGAAAAUGAAGUGUUUAUAUUAAAAAGCCUGCAGGCACAGGCUAUAGACACCAGAACAACUACAUUACGCCAUAGUUAUGCUGGUGACUAUAGUGUCCUUUUAAUUCGUAAGUUUUCCUUUCGAAAACUGGCUGGAUUUAACUUGAUUCCAGGUGUGUACUUGAUAGCUAGUGAUUCUGCUGACGUAAAGGGACACUCCAAGAACCAUAACCAGUACAUCCUACCGCAGUGGUUUUGGUGCCAGGGGUGCCGGCAACCUCCCAUUGUAAGUAGUAAAAAUGUUCAUGAAUCAUUUGACAACUUACUUGGAGAUGUGCAGGGCAUAGGUCAAAUAUUCCACUCGAGCCCCAAAGCUCCUGCAUAGAGCUCCCGUUAGCUCCCCUGAGAUAAGCCCUAUAAUUCAAGCCCAGCUCAUUGUCUGAGAGCAUGAGUCGAGCUAAGCUAUGCACCACCAGGUUGUAGAGAUGGAGAUGAGUUAUCAAAGGUAAGUUGUCAAACUGUUUGCAAACGGUUUAUCUACUUACACUACAAGGGCGCCAAGGCAUUACUGACACCACUACCACUAAAGCGGACUGUAAUGGUUAUGGUGCUUGGAGUGUUCCUUUAAACAGUUACGAUCCCCAAUUUUAAUUUUGCAAAUAAACAACCAUGAUAGUUUAUUUCAUGACUCAGGUAAUCCAUUUCUCAAAUGACCAGUGAGUACGUUGCACAGUUUUUACAAGGUGUGUAUUACUUUUUUAAAUGAAGGAAAUUAAAAAAAAACAAAAAAAAAUUGCUAUUCUUUCUUUUAAGCAGUACAAACAAAAAAAAUAAAGCUUUUUUGUGGUUUUCUUUUUCACCUUAUGACCUACUCAUGCACAUCACAAAUGUUUAUACAAGAUAAGCAAUCAGCAUGUUCAGGAAAGUCGGUUUCAAUUUGGUUCAUGCACUAAAAAAAAAAUGUAAAUAAAAUGAACUGCACACCACUAUAGAACGUAUGCCCAUAUUUUAAAUUCACUUACAUGUGUGAUCAUUUUUAACUGGCAAAACCAAUAUUUUCACAUGAAACUAUUUAGAUGUUAAUUUUUAUGACUAUUCUUUUAUAAUCAGGUAUAAACAAAUAAAAGUAGGACUGUUCUUCACCUUCAAAGGCAAUGUUUGGAAUGGUCAUUAUGCUAAAUACAUUUGAGAAAGAUGAUAGUUAUCGAUUAAAAAAUGCAAAUGUAUAUCUUAUGUGCCAUUUGCAGGACUCGUUUAAUUAAUAUAUAUAUUUUUUUUAUAAAGUGACAUUUAUUGGGAAUCCAUGUGCAAAGACAUACAGUAAAUAGAACUCCUCCUCGGGCGCGAUAAAACACUUCAAAGGCCUGGGGCCGGCUGGGCACCAUGUGGCAAGAAACAAUCAAACAUGCGCUACGCUCUCAUAUAAUAAAAGCCAUGAACAAAAAGUACAAAGAAAAUCUCUAUUUAUAAUCUUCAAUCACAAUGUGCAAAUUCAAGGUUUCCAUCAAUGCACAAAAACAAUCUGAAUUAUUUAAAACCUAAAGUGAUGCGGGCACAAACUUAAAACAAGGGCAACACAGUAUCGGGCUUAAAUCUUUUAUGCUGAGUACUUUGUUGUUCACACUAUCUGUCUCUACAUGCAUUGGACAAAGUGUGGAACGUCAUUUUAGGUUUCAAAGAGUAUUGCUCACAUUUGGAAUGAUGCACUAAACUUUGAAUUAGAACAAAUUAGAUCAGAAUUGUAAACUUCAAACUAUAAUAUCCAAACUGGGACUACUGGGGCUACUCUAAGAAAUUUUAGGUGACUAAUAAUUCACUCAACUAAAAUGUAAUUUAGAACAAGAACAAAGCAUUUUAUUUACACAGACUGAUUUCUGUACAUAGUUAUUGUACUCUAAAGACACAUUGCUGUGAGAGUUAUUGGAGUGGAGAGCUAUUUUACACUCAGACAAACCAACAAUAUGAAGCUCCUAGAGAAGAGGGAAAGGAGGAUUUGACCACAAAAUAGGGACUGUCUCUUAUAAAUAGGGACACUUGAGAGGUAUGUAGUUUCAUUACAGUGUUAAUGACUCUUCUUUGGAAGGAUUGUGAUUACCAAAACUUGAUGGCUUGUGUAACGUUUAGGGCUCUUUUUCACUAAUUAUUAUUAUUAUUGGUAUUUAUAUAGCGCCAAUCCGAAAAUUUUAAAAUUUUUAUCAGAGCGGUAGGACGGUUAGCUGUCAAACAUGUUGAUAAUUAUUGAACAUGAGAGUCACAAUUCGCACUAUUAUUAAUAUUAUUAUUAUUGGUAUUUAUAUAGCGCCAGCUUAUUCCGCAGCGCUUUACAAUAAAAGUUGAAUUUACCAAAUGAGACAAUAACAAAAUGUAACAGUCUAUAGACUGUAAGCUCUUUUGAGCAGGGUCCUCUUCAACCUAUCGUUCCUGUAAGUUUUCUUGUAAUUGUCCUAUUUAUAAUCCCCCCUCUCAUAAUAUUGUAAAGCGCUAUGGAAUCUGUUGGCACUAUAUAAAUGGCAAUAAUAAUAAUAAUAGUUGAGGACCCUGCUCAAACGAGCUUACAAUCUAGAGGAGGUGGGGUAUAAAAACACAAUAGGAAGGAUAUUGAGGGAGACAGCAAAUAGACAUGGUGGGAAAGUAGCAGAACUGGAGGUGAGAGUGGAGUGUGGCCCUUUAGAAGAGAGCGAGAGGAAGGUUUGAGAGAUAAAGGUUACUUUUGGAGGCCAUAAGCAUUUGCAGUAAGGGUGCGAGCAGCAGACAGGAGAAGGUCACCAGUAGAGCGGAGAGACCAAGAAGGGGUUAUACCUAAAGCAGCAGACAAGUUAGGUUGAACUUUGUUACUGAAAUCAGUGAAGAAAUGUAAGAGGGGCUAGAGUUGGUUAGAGGUUUAUAGGCAAGGGUUAGUAUUUUAAAUAGAUACCUGUAGGGUACAGGAAGCCAGUGUAAGAAUUGACAGAGGGGUGAGGUGUGAGAGGAGAGACAGGAGAGAAAGAUGAGCCUGGCAGCAGCAUUAACCACAGAUUGUAGGGGGGCAAUACGGUUUCUGGGGAGACCAAUUAGGAGAGAAGUACACUUAUCGAGGCAAGAGAUUACUAUAGCAUGAUCAAGCUCCUUGGCAGCAUCUUGCGUAAGAAAGGGGCAUAUGCGGGCAAUGUUUUUAAGUUGGAAUCAACAGGUUUUAGCAACAGACUUGAGGUGCAAAAGUGAGGCCAGAAUUAAAAGUGACACAAAGACAGCAAGCUUGAAAGGAUGGGGUGAGGCAGGUACUGUCAACCUGCAGGGAGAGUGAAGGAGGAGGAUCAGUAUUAUGAGUUGGAAAAAUAAGAAACUCAGUUUUAGAGAGAUUGUUUCAGAAAGCGGGAGGACAUCCAAUCAGAGAUAGAAGAGAGGCAGUUGGUGACAUGUUACAGGACAGCAAGGGAGAGGUCCGGUUCAGGUCAUUAUCAUUUAGAACAGGAGUGCCCAAAAGGUAGAUCCAAGAUGUUGUAGAACUACAACUCCCAUGAUGCUUUGCAUAUCUCUAGAAUGCUUUAGAAUGACAAAGUAUCAUGGAGGUAGCAGCUUUAAAACAUCUGGGGAUCUACCAUGUGGGCACCCCUGAUUUAGAAUCAAUAUUUUUUUGUACGGUCUAUUAAAUGGGAUUGAAACAUUUUUAAAAGCUUCCAGGAUUAGGAUUUGCGUGUUACCCUCUUCUCUGGAAGUAUAAGGUUAACAAUUCACAAAAAUAAGUUUAUAAUGUAAAAGGAAUGAUUCCACUCAGGUUUCUGUAAAAGCCAUCUGAGCCCCACCCUUGGCUAUAUUCUACAUAACAGCACAUUGCUAAAAGUUACCAUUAAGUGCCUUUAAUUAGAUACAUGUGACCGGUUUGUAAAAGCUUUCUUUCCAAAAACAUGUAGAAAUGGCAUUCUCCAGACAAACAAUCACGCCACACAGCGCUUUGCAGAUGUCAUUGUUAGUAACAUUUUGUUCUGUUUUGGAGUUUUUCUUUACGGAGUUUGAAACAUGAGGAAGUAAUUCAACACACUGUGUUUAUUCAACAUACACCCUACUAUUACCUUUCCAUUAGUGCAAUUAGAAAUGUAAGGAAAAUCUGUCUGAAUUUAUAGAGGUAUAGAUUGUGAUAGCAGAUGAGCUCCAAAUGACCUGUUUAAACUUUCUGUUAAGAAUGUUAACACAAACUGAGUUUCUUUAACCCCUUAAGGACACAUGACAUGUGUGACAUGUCAUGAUUCCCUUUUAUUCCAGAAGUUUGGUCCUUAAGGGGUUAAGGGUUUCCUUUGACCCCUUAAGGACCAAACUUCUGGAAUAAAAGGGAAUCAUGACAUGUCACACAUGUCAUGUGUCCUUAAGGGGUUAAGGGACACUAGUUUCUUCAAGCAAUUCAGCUUCCUGAAGUGCUUUAUACAUUCAAGGUCAAUGGUCAUCAAAUUUUCACUUCUCUUUAAAAAGAUUUUUUUAAAUAAAAGUUUAUUACAUUUAAUGAUACUUAAUGCUUUUUUGUUUUCAUUUUUUUUUUAACUAUGUACAGGUUUAUUGAUUUUUGGAGAAUAUUUCACUUUUUUUUGUUUUUUAAUCUGGCUGAGCAGCCAUGUUCGGUCAGAUUCAACUGUUAUCUGACAACUGCUGCUCAAACUAACUUGCCUGCUGCGGCAAUUGCUGAGUGUACCUACGGCAGCAGACAAGUUAGGUUGAACAGCAGUUGGUCCUGUAACAGUAGAAUUUGACCCAACAUGGUUAGGAUUUCAGUUAGAGGACAACUGACAUUAAAGGACCACUAUAGUGCCAGGAAAACAUACUCGUUUUCCUGGCACUAUAGUGCCCUGAGGGUGCCCCCACCCUCAGGGUCCCCCUCCCGCCCGGCUCUGGAAGGGGGAAAGGGGUAAAAACUUACCUUUUUCCAGCGCUGGACGGAGAGCUCUCCUCCUCCUCUCCGCCUCCGUUACGCCCCGCCGGCUGAAUGUGCACGCGCGGCAAGAGCUGCGCGCGCAUUCAGCCGGUCUCAUAGGAAAGCAUUUACAUUGCUUUCCUAUGGACGCUGGCGUGCUCUCACUGUGAAAAUCACAGUGAGAAGCACGCAAGCGCCUCUAGUGGCUGUCAAUGAGACAGCCACUAGAGGAUUAGGGGGAAGGCUUAACCCAUUCAUAAUUAUAGCAGUUUCUCUGAAACCGCUAUAAUUAUGAAAAAAUGGGUUAACCCUAGAAGGACCUGGCACCCAGACCACUUCAUUAAGCUGAAGUGGUCUGGGUGCCUAGAGUGGUCCUUUAAGUUUCACUUCUCGUUUUUUAAAAGUUUAUUAUAUUUAAUUGUUUCAUGACAUUAAUGAUUUUUAAAAAAAAUGAAAAUGUCACAUUUUUACUUGGCUGAGCAGCCAUGUUGGUUCAUAUUCAACAGUUAUCUGACCAAAUGCUGCUCAACCUAACUUUCCUGCUGCUGUAGGUUCACACAGAGCAACUGCUGCAGCAGGCAGGUUAGGUUGAGCAGCAGUUGGUUGCAUAUCAGUAGAAUCUGAACAUUUGAACCAACAUGACUGCUCAGCCAGAUAAAAAUGUAAAAUUAUCUUUAGAAACAAUUUAAAAAAAAUCAAUGUUAUAAUUAAAUAUAUAUAUAUAAAAUCAUGUAUAAUUAAAUGUACUAAACUUUUAAAAGCUGAGAAGUAAUAAUUAUGGCAUUUUGGUUAAUAAUUUAAAAUGGUUAAAAUCUCUGCUUGUGUUCCAUGAGAUGCUAAGAGCAAGUAGUAGAUGUACGGGAGUCAUGAUCACAGAUAACUGUAUUUGUCCUUUUGUCAUUGCCAGGUAUUAAAUCAAAGCUUCCCAAACCAGUCCCACUUUUUGACAAUUAGAUGCCUUAAAUCAGGGGUUCUCAACCCAGUCCUCAAGGACCCCCGAACUGUCCAGGAUUUAGGGAUUACCCUGCUGUGUCUAAUGUGUUUUUUUAGGGGUGGGUGGGACAAACACUUUAGACACAACAGGGUAAUCCCUAAAUCCUGUUUUGGUAGGGGGUCCGGUCGGGUUGAGAACCGAUGCCUUAAAUGGUAUAAUGGAAAAAUAUAUAUCUAAUCUGUAGCAAAAUGAUAUAUCUAUGUCUUAUUUGUUGCUAUAGCGGCCGAUCCUGUAAUCGCCUUCCAUGAAAAUAGAGAGAAAGAUGGCAACUUGUGUAAUGAACAUAUGAGGCUGCAUCAACGCUUAGAUGUCAUAGAGGAGGUAAGGAUAGCAGGCUGAAAAAUCAAAUGUAUAAGCAGUUCGAAAUAUGGUAAGAUUUUCUCAGAAUGGCAAAAGAUGUGUAUUCCUUAUAACUAUGAAUGGGGAACCCAAUUCUUAGGCUAGAAUAUACUGUAUAUUUAUAUAUGCGUCUUUAGAAUGCUUUUCUAAAUAACUCUAAAGCCAUCAGAAUUCCAUCAGACAGGCUGGUCCUCAUGCGGUGUAUAGCACUAGCCGAACUCAGACUCCACAAUCUGACACGAGUGUGGAAAGGCUGAAUAUUUCUGAUUGUGACAGUCUCUACAACAAAAAAUAAGCCCAAAUUUGUUAAACUAAACAGUAAACAGUCAGAACCAUAUAAAGUAAAUACAAAAAAAGUUUUUCUUUACAACAUGCCAGUAAAGGAGAUUUUCCUCAGAAUUCAGCUUAAGAUAACACACACCGUGAAUACUGCUGCACUUGGUAAGGUUCACAUUUUAUAUAUAUUUGUAUUUUAUAUACACAGAGAGGCAACUGAGAAAGAAAAAACAUAACAAAAUAUACUUUACGCGUAUUAGGCUCAGCCAUGCUUAAUUGCUUUAUCAUAAAAAUAAAUCACAACAGCAUUCACAGUGUUUUAUCUCAACCGGUUUCUAAAUGGUAGGUUUGAAGCGUAUAGUUUUAAAGAAACAAUCCUUUCUAUUAGGUGAUCUAGGAGUAAUCUUAGCUACAAACUUUGAAAGCGUAUUAAGCACUUUUGAAGAAGAAAAUAAGUUUACACAAAGAUACCAAUCUGGAAAAGGUUACAAAUCCAUACAAAUAUGCAAGAUUCCAUACAAGAGAUGCUUUUGGAAUGUGAACGUUAUGCAGAGAAUUUUUUUACAGUCAAGUAAAUUAUUUAACACAAGCCUUUGAACCUCAAAAUAUUGAUCCUACUGAUAUUAAUUGGUGCUGAGAUCUUUUCUUCUCGCCUACAUCCACCACACGUUGGUUGGGUGAGGGGGAGAAUACUGCAGAAGUGGCACAUUAUGUGAGUUACUUGUUCUUGGCUCUGUUUUGGUCAAUAGAAAGUUCAAAGUAACCCCACUUGUGUUUUUUCUCUACUGUUUUUCUCUAGUAUUUAUAACGCUACUGCAAGUUGACCCAUUUUGGUUUUUUUAGGAUCAGUUCAGGAGUCUACCAGAGAUAUAUGCCACCUAUCGUGAUUAAUUCACAUCAAUGUGGAUAUAUAAACAUUCAAUUAUAUUUUAUUGAGGUAAUGAUAUAACGUUACAGAAAGGGAAAGUAUGCGUAAGGUAAAGCACAGGUAUAACAUGGUAUUUCACAUUUGUUUGGUAAUACCCCAUUUUUGUAUUAGAAAAACAGGCUAAAUCAGGCUACAAGUAUGUCUAAACGGAGAGCAUGAGGUCUAUCUUGAAGCAUGUGACACUAGUUAGACAUGUCGAUGGAAAUAAGAUAGCAAUUCUGCAUGACAUGUUAAAUUGGCAAGAUGUUAUUACCCAUCUACACAGCUAGAAUUAAGCAUAGACUAGGGCAGCACAUUAUAGGGUGCACAUGGAUAGAUUAAAAGGGAAAAUGAAACUUGCAUAACGUGGUACCCCAUAUGCAUCCAGGCUUUUUUUAUAUGAUUCACCCUAUCCCCACACUAAAUUUUUUAUUUUUUUUCGAAAAUAUAUUUUAUAUUAUUUUAUAAACAUUGUGAAUUUCUGGUUAUUUUAAUGAACUGAAUUAUUCGAAAUCAUUUGUGCCAAGUCAUCUGAAACAAAUGUUACCUUAACUAAAUAAUCUUUAGCGCAUUGGAGCUAAAGAUUUAUUACUUAAGAUAUAGUUUGGCUCUUUAAAAACAUUCAAACAGUCUACCUUCUAUUGUGAUGAUGCUAAUAUUAAGAACUUCUUGAUUUCACAGUUUAUAAAAUGGAGUUUUCCAUCUCAAUGAAUUAAGAAAACGGAUUAAUUCACGUUAUUAUAGAAUAAAACCAAUUUCAAACACUUUGAAAAAAAACAACAACUUCGUGAAUACCAUUGGAAUUUAUAGUAUGGAUUUUCAUUGUUGGCUAAUAUUCUAUAUUCAACAGUUUCCUUAAAGUUUAAUAUUUCAGGAUUAUUAAUAUAACAAAAAUAUGAAAUUCAUUCAUUUUGCAGUUGUGUACUAGACACAAUGACAGCACCACCUUGUGGCACACAAGGUCUUACUUUGUAACUAUUCUGGUAUCCUUUAUUUGAAGCUAUCGGACAGACCUAAAGAAAAUCUAAACAAAAAGAAAUUAGAAAAAAGGGCUAUGGCACUAUUACUUGUGAAAUAAUAAAGGAAUAGAAUGAUGUAAAGAGACAGGGAAUUUACAAAUUUUAGACAAAACAGCUCUGGUACAAAAUAAGCAACUUUGCAGAAUUUAUCAAUCUAGGGUAUGUUGGCCUAAAAUCUGCAGUUUUCUUGUCAAGAUAGAUUAGGGAAUAAAACAUGAUACUCUCCAAGUCCUUUAAACCCGAACCCAAACAGAAUUUAAUUUCCUGUCUUCGUAAAAAAAUAUUUAUGGUUAGAAUUCUUAUACCAAUUAGUUUUUUGCUGCAAAAACAACUUCAAAAAGAUGUAUUUUUAUUUUUUUCUAUAAUGAUUUAAAAUGAGUGUCAACUACAAUGUUCAACUCUAAAACAUACCCUCCCCAUGUUAUUUUCUUUAUAAAUAUACACAAAAUCUCACCUCCUUGAAUAUAUGGUAUACCACUAAUGGAUUUCAUUUAAGACUGCACUAUUAAAGUGGUAUUUGACUACGGACUUACAUUACUAUUGAAAUAACAGACGUAUUAAAAUAAUUUUUCAUUUUAUUUUAUUUUUUUGCAGCAAGUGGAAAAGACUGUGGAAAAUCUGUAUUCAGAGAUGAAUUCAUUGCUGGAGUCUUUGUCAUCGGCAUCAUGGGCACUACCAGUCAUUCCUGGCCCCCCUGUCUUGGAUAUAUUUGAGGAGGGUGUGUGUGCAUUUUAUUUAGACAAACAAUGACUUGUUAGAAUAGCUGGAAGAAUUUAGGUAGAUUUCAAUGAUUCCAGCUUAGGGACUGGUUCAAUCGAAGCGUAUAAAAGGAAAUUAACUGUCUCAGUAGUUUUUUGGCAUAUGUGUUUAGUACUCAUGAAUCCUGAAUCAUAUUUUUUUCUAAAAAAUAUGCAAUUAAUUGUGCGUUACUAGAAUGUAUGCCGAGCUUUAAAAGGUCAGUCCAUAUUUCUGGUGCAUUACUGCGAAAUGCGUGGUGUUUAGAGCCCCCUGACCAAUUCUCAUGUCUGAGAAUGGUUUAUAACAGCAGCAAUUUGUAAAUCUAUAAGACAGCAAACCAAAGCUAUCAAUCAGGCAGCCUGGAACCAUUUCUUCCAAUUUGCCUGAUGUCUUUUUAGUCCAUAUUGUGCACAAAACAUGCAUAUGGCACAUGCACACUAGAGAAGUCACGGAUGCAUAUGUGCAGUCCACAGCUCUGAUGGUGGAGGACACAAGAAAACGCAACCAAGUUCGCUAAACAGUGAACCUGAAAUCUGUUAAAACAUAUUCCUGAAAGGCUGUAAUUACAUCAUAAUAUUGGAUUUCACAGAUGUCACGCAGCACUUUGCUGAUUAUUAGUAAAAUAUGUGCCUGUAUGACUCCAGAAAUUAGAAUUCGGCACUUCACCUGUGCAUUAGCCUUUUUUUUAUUGCUGCUGACUAACCGCUACAUUUUCAAUAUGGAUUUAAAAGACAAACUUGGAACAAAUGACGAAUUACUACAUUGUUAGCCCAAGGAUUGCCAUUUUAAUUAGAGUGCAAAAAAAUAGAGCAAAGUUGAUUCUCACAUUUCAGGAAGGGAAUAGUUACUUUAGUUUGUUUAUUGACGUUGCGGUAUUUAAACAAUAUAUAUUUUUUCUCUUACAGAUUCCAGAUAA